AUGGGCAUGGCACAGCUCACUACUUUUGAACUGCUGUUUCCGCUGCCGCAAAGGUGUAUACUAUUAAUGGUUGCGGGGCUGUGGUUGUGGCUCUUCCAAAUAUCGAUCUUACACAGGGCCUUUCGCAUUGACAUAUCUCAAUUGGUGCUCUCGCAUAAUUCGUCGGAGAUUUCUCCUCGCAUCCCUACCACUAGGCUUAUCCAAAACACGCGGCAGAUUGUACAACGGAUCACUAAGAUUAUAUUACCUUGGUAUGCGGCAACCUGCUUCCUACUUCACAAGUGCAACGGUGAUUCUAACUAUGCUACAGAAGCUUGGAUUCUAUGCCUACUAAACAUUCAACCGCUGUGCCAGUUCAUAGCUAUAUUUGCUAUGGUGUUAGAUUACUCCCCUAUGGUUUUGCGGUGCUUCAAGAAAAUCUUAUGUUUUGGGAAUAUCGAGUCGAAGCCGCUGAGAAACAACUACAUUCUACUCACGGAUUCCUUAACCUCGUUCGGUAAGCCUCUGAUUGACUUUGGGCUAUAUAUCUCCCACUUGGUCUCUCGACCCUUCGACGAAAAAUGCAUUGUCGAUCGUAGCUCCCAUGGCCAGGUCUACCAUCUGGAUCUGAUAAUUGGCAUCACCCCGGUAAUGCUACGCUUAUCACAGUGCUUGCGAGAAUUUCAAAGAUCUAAGAGCUCCGGCCAGUCGAAAAAUGCUCUCUAUAACGCCGUCAAAUAUUCGCUGAACUUACCAGUGCUUGCAUGCACGGUUCACGCGCGCAUGUUUCCAAACGGAAGCUCCACCAAUAAGGUUUACUGGUUUAUGAUGGUGAGCUCGAUAUAUGGCUUUUGGUGGGAUCUAACAAUGGACUGGAAUCUCGGGAUGUUUAAUUUCAGUUCUAAGGGAAUGGAUCGAAACGAGUUCUUGAGGAGUCGAACCUUGUUUCCGCAGGUGGCUUACUGCAUUGCUAUUUGUACCGACUUUGCCAUUAAAUUUGCAUGGCUAUGGGAGCUCAUGCUUGGUAGAAGCGUGUUCAAAGGGGAGGCUAACAUUUUCUUUUUACAGUCACUUGAGCUUUUUAGAAGGUGGGUUUGGACUUUUGUUAAGCUUGAAGCCGAAGCAGUGAAUCUCGAGGGUGUUGAGAAAAUGGAGGAUUGA